UAUUAAAUAGAAAUGACCGAAAUACCAGCAAAAGUACUGCACAGCAAACAUAAAUAUAAAUAGUCUAUAAAGUGGGACAGGUCAGUGGCGCGGUACAUAUCCUCAAGACGUCUUACGGGCUCGUCGUGGCGUCAACACAGCCGGUACACACCGGUAAACAGAGUGACUCACCCUCAUCACCGCCUUCCUCACUGAUGUAUUUAGACCCUCCGACACAGCAGCUCCGUCUGAUUGGUCAGAACCCGGGAUGGCGUCAAGCGGGGGCAAUUCCACUGCGUGUGACCUCUCACCGUGGAUGCGCCGAGUGCGCGGACUUUAACCUCUCCCUCCUAUGACAUCAUGUAAUUAUUAGGGUUAGGUGAGGCUCCAAUCUGUUGACAGCAAGCUGUGGGGAGUGAGUCAAAAGUAGGACUAUAAAGAAGGGGGGCUCCUACAGCUGUUAACUUCAGCUUCGAGAGCAUCCUCACAGCAUUCCUGCUUGAUUUGUUGAAAGCUGUCAGUCACCUCGUCUAGUCAAAAACCCGUGAGACAAUCUGGCUGUGUCGUUCCAAACAGCACCUGCAGAAAACUGCAAAAUUUCGAAUCCGUUCAGCACAGAAGUUAAACACUUCCCGCCUCACGAAAUGCUACCCACAGUGCAACAGCCCACAACCAAGCUCUCGCUGGUGCCCUUUGUGACGUCACUCCAUGACGGCACGCGCGUCAUCAUCGACACAAUGACAGACGCUCAGCUGACACAAACGUACGGCCUCAUCCACGACGCCGCGCAGCAUGGUCAAGGUUUUGGGGUGGACGAGUACAGCGAUGAGAGCGAGUUCCGCGCCGACGUCGCCAGCGGGUUCCACUUCGCCAUCAUGGACAAGGACGGCGGCGAUCUGCUGGCCGCCUUCAUCCUGGCCCUCAGUCGCUAUUCGCGCGGCUGCCGGGUGGCUGACCCCUUCAUCAUCGUGCGACCUGACCAGCGCGGCCGGCGCCUGGGGGAGUUGUGCUUGUGCAUGUGCGAGGUCUUCGCCCGCCACCUCGGCUUCAUGGGCAUGUACGUCGACACCUUCGCCAACAACACGCCCAUGAUCAAAGUCAUCGAGCGCAUCGGGGGUUAUCGCCUGGUGGGGGCGCUGCCUGCGGGGGGCUACAUGACUGAUGGUAGCAUGGUGGGCAGCCUGGUCUACUACAAGGACCUCAGACCUGGCAACGAAUGACAGGUCCACGACCUCCCUCUACCCAACGUUUCACUGACCCAAGCUCAUGGCUUAACGUCGUUGUGCGCAAGUGGCGCCAUCGACUUCCGCCCUGACGAGCGAGAGAUGCUGCUCCGCACGUUGGAGCAAGUGAUUUUCGUCUUGGGUGGCGUCCCUUGGUGCCCAGAGGACAUCCAACUUCCGCGACCGGAACCGACGUCAGAGAAAGAGGAAUGUCGCGAUUUUUUGACAGUUGCUAGUGACAGUGGUGAGUGCGUCACCCAAGGCCAUCAAACGGGGAAAUAAUCUACAACUUACGUGACUGCACAAAUGGCGGUUCUCGUCACAGUGAACAGGAGACGCAGCUCUGUAAAGAUGUACAGAAAAGAACAGAAAUUUGCAGUGACUUUAUUUUAUAACUUCCAUCUUUGGGAAACAUUAGUCUGCACAAAAUAAAAUGGUUUUUGAUUUUAUGAAUGACUCACACAGAACAGCAAGUGAUCUGUUCCUGUAGCUUCCCAUGACCUC